AUUGACUCGAUAGCCAUUGACUCACUCUGCUACUGCCUUGCCGCAAUAUUCUUCCUCCAAUAACAACAGCAACAUGGCGGAAGCAGCGCAGGAUGAAGUCAAGGCGGCGGAUGUGCCCGAGCAAGAAGUGACGAAUGCGACUGAACCAGACAGUGGGACGGAAGAAGCUCAAGCUGACGAGGUCAUGAAGCAAGACGGCGCCAAUGGCGAACCCGCAGCCGACGACAACGACAAUAACACUACCAACGGCGAAAAUGACCAUGGCCUCCCUCAACCCGAAGCUCAAGAUGACGCCGCCAAGAUCGAACCUGAAGACGAUCGCCUAGCGCAAGAAGUCCAAGACGUCAGAGACGCCGGCGACGAGUCGCCCGACCGCAAGCGCAAGGAACACCCCGUCUCCGCCCACGACCGCUACGCACCCAAGCGCAGCCGCGGUGACAACGGUGACCGCCACUCUUCCAACAAGUCGAAGAAUAGAGCCCGCUUCGAAGACCAACCCGAGUCCGACGACGCCGACGAGAUUCGCCGCCAAGUCGAGUUCUACUUCUCCGACUCCAACUUACCCAUCGAUGCUUACCUCUUGUCCGAAACGGGCGGGCACCGCAACAAACCCGUCAGUUUGAAGAUGAUCCACAGUUUCAAGCGCAUGCGGCAUUUCCAGCCUUUCUCUGCUGUAAGGGAUGCCGUCAAAACUUCCAGUUUCCUAAACCUAGAUGACAACGAUGAGAUUACCCGCAAAGUGCCCCUCAGCGACAAGUUCACGGAUAACGCGCAGGAGAAUCGGAAUCUGCAGCACAGUACCAGCAUGGGCCGGAGUAUCUACGCCAAGGGUUUCGGGGACGAGAAUGAGAAGACGCACCUCGAUAUCGAAGCGUUCUUCGCUCCAUACGGACCCAUCAAUGCCGUACGUCUGCGUCGUCACGACGACGGCGAGUUCAAGGGGAGUGUUUUUGUCGAGUUUGCGGACGAGGAGACGCAGCGCCAGUUCCUGGAACUUGAUCCGAAGCCGCAGUUUCUGGAGGGCGAGGGGAAGGAGUUGGAGGUGAUGAGUAAGCAGGAGUAUGUGGAUAUGAAGCAUGAGGGGAUCCUGGAAGGGACGGUUAAGCCGAGGGGGGUGGGUGAGAGGAAUCACAACCGGGGACGUGGCCGUGGGCGUGGGCGUGGUGGAAGAGGUGGUGGGCGGGGUAGAGGUGGACGUGGUGGGAGAGGUGGACGCGAUUACCGUGAUCGCGAUCGUGAUUCGCGCGAUCAUCGCGACAACCGGGACCGCAAGCGCCGCCGCGAUGACGAUGAUGGCGAGGGUGAGCGUGAUGAUGCGCCACCGACUCGUGCGCAGGCGGAAGCGGCCAAGGCGAAUGGCGAUGCUGCCGCUGGCGCAGAGGACGUGAAGAAAGAAGACGCCGCUGCUCCGUCCAAGAAGCGCGCCCGUGAGAAUGGUGAUGAUGCUGGUGCUGACACAACCGAAACCAAGAAGAUUAAGGAGGACGGGGUUGCGGUUUAG